AUGCAAACGAUGAAUGAGAGUUCUAUUGAUAAUGGUGGUGUCAGAGUUAGGCAUUCAGCUACUGAACAAGAUAUUCAGAUUGAUAAUGUGCAGCAUGAGAACUCAACACAAAAUCAGUCUAAUGCAGUAGAAUCUGCCAAUAUUACUAAGAAAAUAAUGAAGUUGCCAAUGACUCCAUCAUCUUUGGAACAUUCAUGUUGGUCAAGACAUCGAACUGCAACAGCUGUGAGUACAUUUGCUUUCUUCACAAUUCUAACAAUGGUCACAAGUAUAUUAAUUGUUUGUCUGACUUCUCCAAAAUCGAAAGGUACGUUUUGCUUUUUCUUCAUAUACCAAUUAAACAUAUAAUAUAAAUUUAUUUUUAUUUAUUUAUGCUUAGUAAUAGUAUGAUAAAAUAAUAGAUAGAACUAGUGUAUUUCUUUGAGGAAUAAGAGUUCACAGCAAUCGAUAGACAUCUUGUUAUAUUCUGUAUGUUGUUUUUCAUUAUCGUCACACAAUAAAAUUAAUAUUCAUUUUAUUCUAUCCUUUGGGGUACUAAUAUCAUUUCUUCGUACAUCAAAACAACGGACUUUUUUAAUAAUUUUACAAUGAAUGGAAGGAAGUGAAUAAGUAUACAUGCCAUCUACUUAAUACUUGAGUGCUCAAAAACUAUAUGAGAUUUUAUAAAUUCAAUAAGAAUAAUUACAUCAUAACAACUUA